UUGUUGUUUACAUAUUUAUUAGGUUAUGUUGUAAUUUUAACCGGUGCCGGUUUUUGAAAUAAUAUCGACCACAAAAUAUAAGUACUCUAAGUAUUCAGAACCUCUUUUACCUUUCUUGUGUUAACCUAGAAUGUCAACCGUAAUUUCAGUCACAAUCGGUCCAUUGGCAUGUCAUUCGUGCUCGUAGAGCAUAGUCUACCUUACAGUGAAGUUAAGAUUCCACUAGUUUCUUCAACUUUAAUCGUAACACUGAAUUCCAGCAGUCAAAAAUGACUAAUUGGGUCAGCAGUCAAGCAGAUAAAUUCAAGGAACAUUUCAAAAAACACGAUGUGAUAAAAGAGUACCAAGCGCACACCGCCAAAGUUCAUUCCAUUGGAUGGAGCUGCGAUGGUAAACGUUUGGCCUCAGGAUCCUUUGACAAAACAGUAACCAUUUUUACAUUGGAUAGAGACAGACUGAAUAAAGAGUUCACUUUUAAAGGUCAUGGAGGAAGCGUCGAUCAACUAUGUUGGCAUGCCAAAAAUCCUGAACUUUUAUGUACUGCUAGUGGUGAUAAAACAGUUAGAGUAUGGGAUACCAGAACACAGAAGUGUCCUGCGACUGUCCAUACAAAAGGUGAAAAUAUGUACAUAACUUGGGCACCAGAUGGGAAUACCAUUGCUGUCGGAAACAAAGAAGAUCUAGUAACAUUCAUUGAUGCCAGGAUGUACAAAAUAAGGGCAGAACAACAAUUUGCAUUUGAAGUCAAUGAAAUCUCAUGGAACAACGAUAGUAAUUUAUUCUUCCUGACAAAUGGUCAAGGUUGCAUUCAUAUUUUAAGCUAUCCUGAUCUUGAACUUCAAAAAAUAGUAAAAGCGCACCCUGUAACCUGCAUUUGUAUAGAAUUUGAUCCUCUCGGACGGUAUUUUGCAACUGGAUCUGCUGAUGCUGUCGUUUCUUUGUGGGACGUCCAUGAACUUGCUUGUAUUCGAACAUUUUAUAGGCUGGAUUGGCCUGUCAGAGCACUUAGUUUUUCCCAUGAUGGGAAUUUGUUGGCGUUUGCCAGUGAAGACUUAGUGAUUGAUAUUGCGGAGGUUGAAACAGGAAUCAAAGUUGCCGACGUUGUUGUUGAAGCUGCAACGUUCACCAUUGCAUGGCAUCCCAGUCAAUACCUGUUGGCAUACGCUUGUGAUGAUAAAGUUGCGUAUGACCGCAAGAAAGACUCUGGAAAUCUCAAGGUGUUUGGGUUCCAAAAUGACAAGUUAUUCAAUGUGUUCAAUCCAUGAUGGGUCUUUUAUGAUUUAAAGUAAUAACUCUCGAUUUAAAGUUUUCAACGAAGAUAAUAAAAUCAAAUGCAUAUUUAUGCUUAAUAUUUUCUACAAGUGAAUAUUGUUUUUGGACUAAAUAUAGCAGAAAGGGUCAAGUUUAUGGGAGCAAUCCAAGACAAUAUAUUAUGAUGGAACUGCUUGUAGGAGGUAAAGAAUUUUGAAAUACACCCUUUAAGUCUAUUUGUCUCCCAAUUCCAUCCGUCAAUUCAAUCCAUUCAAGAUCAAAUCUGGAAAAAAUGACCUCUCAUCGUGAUAUUAAAAAUCUAGUUAUUGACAAAUAUCCAUAGAGGAGAUGAAUACAGGUUAGUGCUUCUUUGGACAUAUUUCUGUCAAACAGAACUUAGCGCCAUAAGGGGAGGAAGGUAGAAGGGGGCUUGGAUUGGCGGCCUGACCGGGCGUCGGGCUCAUUCCGUCCUAUACUCGCAAUGCUUUUCCAUGGCGCUUAGUUCUGUUUGACAGAACGCGCUAUCCAGCAUUCUAAAUUCCUCAGAAGGAACUCAAAUUGGCGCUUAGUUCCGUUUCACAGAAAUACGUCCAUCUGAAACUCUUAACUGAUGCUAUUAGACUGAAACUGAUCAGAGUAGAUAGAUUGCAGUUAUCUUGGGUGUGUUUUUUAGUGGUAAAUUGUUGUGAUGCAUUUUGGCGAGGCAAAAUUAGAGGAAUAGAAAGGGACUCUAUUCCCCCUUAUCUUGGAUUUUUUACACGGUCCAACACUCCAGAUCAAGAAAACACUACCGUAUGUUGAUUCUCUCAUGCUUUAAAUUAGCGGGAUAUUACAGGUUAGAAAUCAAGACAAGACUCAUUAUAAUAUCUAGGUGUGCAUUUUGUAUUUCUCAAAAAUCUUUGUCCAAAA